AUGAUCGGCGAUAUUGUUUAUACUUGGCCUGGCCAAGGAUGGGGUGCUCGGGCUGGAAGUUAUAUUAGCACAAAUUGUAUACAACAACAACAGCCAAGAUUGCAGCUUAUGUUUCCUGACAACUAUAUACCUCCGAUUGCUAUAAAUAGUGAUCAACCUAUUGACAGCUUGCUCUUUCAACUUAAUCCUCAAGGCAACAAUAGUCAAGCCAAAUGUACAGUCCGCCUUUCCAAACUAGCAACUUCUUUAGCUGGUAAUAUUCAAUAUACAAUGAGGUUUCAGUUCUGGGGUUGUGUUCAAAAUCUAUUCAAUAUUCAAUUAAUCUUUUCUAUGAAUAUUGAAGGGAACUUUUACUUCUGGAAUGCUUUCCAAUAUGAAUGGACUUUUGGACAGGAAGGUGUCUUACGUGCUAUAAAAAAGGGUCGGUUCUACAACGAGGGAGGUCGACAGCUUUCCGUGGCCAUUCAAGUUGGAGACGUUGCUCAAGAAGUUGAUAUGGGUUAUGAGGCUUGA